AACAGCAAGUGUUAGUUUUGUGUAUGAGCAUUGCAAUUAAAUUAGGUUUUUUUAAAUGAUUGUAGGAUAAUUUGAAAAGCAAUUGUCAACAUUUUGAGACAAAGAAACAAGGAGAAUAUUGCGUUAACAUUCUGGACGUGGUAACAUAGUUUUCAGUCAUCUUUCUGCUGCAAGGAUUCGCUAGUACAAACAUGAAACGCAACCACUGGGGAAAGAUGGUGGACGGUUCCGAUACGUGCAAAGAAUUGGAAGCAAAUGAUAUCGUGCUCACCAUGAGCAAGAUGGAUAAAUUCCAGCAGAUUAAGCUUCCCUACACGAUCACCAGAGAGAAGCGUGUGCCGCUUAAAAACCCGCUGGUCACGCAAACGGUGGAGGUGAUGAAACAAACCGAAAUGAUACAAACACUCAUCGACACUUACUCGACCAAGUCGGGUUGUAACUACAUCCUGAACCCGUGCCAACUAAUGCCGACCGUGCACUUUCCCUCCAGCAAUGUGGUUGAUCUGACGCGAAUGGAGAAAAUAACGCGGCCGUUCUGGUUCGUGCUGCCGGACGAAACGCCCUUUACGCGCGGUACCCGCAAGAACUUUGUCAAACUGUCGGCACCGGUCGUGCUGCAGGCGCUUCGAAAGGCGGCGUGUGGUUUGCUUUGCAUGGAAGGUUUCUCGGAGAUUAAUGAAUCCGCACUGAUUAUGAUUGUCGAUGGUUUGGAUCAGUAUUUGCGGCUGCUAACAACCGCCCUGCGUACAGCCUAUACGGAACAGGACGAGGAGAUUGGACCGGUGCCGACGCUCGUGAUGGUGGAACGGAUGCAUCAAAGUAUUGGACGUAGCUCGGUGUACCAUUUGCACAAUUACUACAAAAAGCUGAUGAACAAAAACCGUGACGAAGUACGGGAGUUUAAGGAUAUCUACCAGGAGUACGAUCGGUUACUGCAAGAGAAUCAACUGUCGGUGCAGAAUAUGCAGAAGUUGGGCGAUUUGAAGGAGGAAGAUUACAUGAACUUUCUCGAUCAGCAGUCCCACUCGUCGAACGGUACGACGAUAGACGGUACGACAAUGAACAUUAUUAACUUUAUCAAUGGAGAAACGGUGAACGGAUUCAAAGAUAUUUUAGAGGGUGAACUAUUGGAAAGCAGCAGUACACAGGAUUCGUCCGAUCAAAUGAAUAAUCAACAAUUUUACCAGGCGGAUUCAUCCUCGCAAGGUUUCGCACCAUCCGGGUCUAUGUAGCAGUCAGCUGAAGAGUCAGUACAGUCAUUUCCCGAGAUACGUUAAUAUGUUCGUCGUUCAGUCAUUCUCUCUUAGGCCUGUUUGUUUGACUUCAUUCGACUUUGAAUCCUGCGUACGGGGGGUAAUCUUGGAAGGGAUUUUGGACCGGUCCUGUCGGAUCGCAAGAAAUACCGAGCCUCCCAGUUCAGUCGUUCAGAUUUGAAAAUAUUUAAACACCUUCAAUUAGGUAACCAUU